GUCAGUCGAAAAAAAACAUGGCGGACCAAAUUUCUCUCUGAGUCAGUGAUCUUCCUGAUCAAAACUUGUCGUCGGGUGAGCUGUAAACGUUAGAGUCCUGUCGUACAUUAAUUUGAAUAGUUUUUAAGACAUUAAGAAAUUCUGAUCUUCUGAUGUAGGACGUGAACAUCCACAAGAAACUAGCUAUUUCUGUUCGGUUCUGUUGUCACUACGUACUCAAAGCGAGACGGUUUCGAUUGAAUGAGACAAUAUGUGAGGAAAAAAUAGAAAAAGCUGGCUCUUUGCGGGCAUUGAGACUUUUGGGACAGCAAAUCGAAACCAAGAGGGGGAGGCUUGGUUUGCUGAAGAGUUCUCAACGCGACACAGGCAAAGUGUUGUUCAUACUUCCUGUUCUCUUGACCCGUAUUCUUCACGCGCCGAUUCAUGCUCUGCAAACUUUCCUCUUUGGAAGACAUUUUGUGGCUGUAGCUUUCAAGAAGAUGCCGUCUUGUCUUCAUUUGAACUCUACCGAUGAAGUAAAUGUGGAAGCGAUUAAAAGGAAAAUGAAAGAGGUAAGGAAGCUCUCAUACUUAUUAUGAAUGGAUGUUUAUCACUUGAGUACGGAUCGAUGUGGUAAUUUAUGCUUCGUCUGGGUAAAUAACAAAAGUUUUUUUUAGAAACGGAUUCUUACUUAGUUAUUAAGAAACUGCAAAAGAAAUAUCUUAUGCGUGGAUUUAAGUUAAUCCGUUUACGAGUAAUCUAUUUUUGAUAAAAUGUGUGUUCCUGUUAUUUUGCAAAUAUGAAGUCCAUUAUAAAAUGAAGAACUUCUCGUGUCAUUUGUUAUUAAAGUAAAUAUUUGAAAAAAACGGUGAGUUUUUCUACUCCGUCUAAAGAAAUAUGUCAUGGAUUUUGGUGGAUAGGUCUUAUUUUUUGUUGGGAUGAAUGCAGCUGUUUGGAUGGCUACUUACUCUUAAGCUGUUUACAAGGAAUUGUCUGCUGUGCAGAUACAUUAUUCAAGGCUAAUGUCAUACACAGUUUAAGCGUUAUGGGGAACUCUUCAUCAUUUUGAAUCAGCAACAAAAUGAAAAUCAAAGAAUCAACGAGUAACUUACUUAACCCUUUCACUCCCACAAGUGACCAAAACAGAAUUUCUCCUUACAAUAUCAAUACAAUAUCAAGCAGGUAGGUGAUUAGAAUUGAGAAGAAUAUCAAUUAUGGGAUUAUUGGUUGAUCCAAUACCAAAUUCUCUGAACUAACAUCAUAAGAAUUGUAUUGCAGAUAGUAAGGAGAAUUACCAGUUAGAUCUUGGGAGUGAAAGGGUUAAUAGUACAAUGCAAGUAUGAAUUAGAAUUUUUCUUUGCUGUUUUUUAAGGCCCAUCUGGUAGAGAAUGGUAAAAGCUUUGUUAACAAUGUUUGUAGAGAAUGCAAAUUUGAAAUAGAAUGUUUCUUUGCUAUUUGUUAAGGCCCAUCUGGUAGAGAAUAGGAAAAGCUUUGUUAACAAUGUAUGAAGAGUAUUUUGCAUCAAUAAUUUUUUUGGAAAAACAAAUCAUGGAGAUGUUUGCAGUCUAUGAGCACAAAGUAGCUUAAAAAUACAAUGGAUUAAUUGAUUUAAUGGAAGUGGAUGCAUUUUUUUAAGAGAAAGGCAAAGCUAUUUUCAUAACAUUCAGUUACAGAGACUUUUUUUCACUGCUUGUGUGUAAUAGUUGUUUACAUUACUUACACAUGUGGGCAAAAGAAGUUUGUGCUCAAAUUUGACAUACUUUUAUACUCAUUUUGAGGAGAGAAAAUUUGUCUAUUAGGAAAUUCUCCCUUAACAUAAGGUAGAUAUUAUAUCUGCUAAGUUGAAUGUGAAGUAAUUAUUUCAUUUUGAAAUCUAUUACACACUGCAAGAGUCACUUAGAAUUUGCAUACAGGAAGUUUCAUAAAAAAGUUAAGACAACUAAAGGAAAGGAUUUAGAGGAUAUUGAAAUUUUGAGGAAAUGUUUUGAACAAAUAUUUGUUCUGUGUUUUGUGAGAUAAUUUAUUUUUGGUUUCAUAAAUUUCAGUUAUAAUCAUGACAAUGAUGACAUGGUUAGCUUAGAGUGGAAAACUUAGUAACAAAUUUCAAAUACACUUUAUUAAGUUUAUUUUGUGAAUUGGUCUGUUAAAGUUUUUAACAAAUAUAUGACAUGACUUAGCAACAAUUUUUUCCAAAAGUGGACAUAUCCUAAUGCUGAAUUGUUAUGCACAAUGGGCAGUGUAUUUAUACUUUGUGUUUGGAUCUCUUGAACAUAUCUUUAUAAGCAGCUGUUCACAAGAAACUAGAAUGGAAUCUCUCUAUAUAGACUCUACAUGUAUGUAAACAUAUUUUUGUCAAAAUUGUGUCUAGUUGUGGUGUUUAGAACAUCUUAAAGACACUUUUUAAAGCAGCUGUACCAUUUGCUGUGUAUCAGAAGCAGUUUAGAUCAUCAGUAAGUCAGCCAUUAGAUGUGGACUUAAAACUUCAUGUGGCUGGGUAACACAAGCUUUUCAAUUUUUUUUUAUUUGUAAGCAAUGAUUGAUCUGGUAUGAUUGGUAAAUAAUUGGUUAGUCAGUCAUUUGAUGUGUAGUGAGUGAGUUAGUCAUAUUAUCAGUUGGUUGGCCAAUUAGCUGUCAGUUAACCCUUUCAUGUCCAAGAUCUAAGAACCAAUUGUUCACUGAACUUUCCUUAAAAUGUGCACUCCAGCUGGUUUGGUUUUAAAUAAAAAUAUUCCCCCUUGUAACAUUCUUGUUUCUUCAUAUCACCUUUCUGCUGAGAAAUGUAGUGGUAUUGUGUGGAAAAAUUCCACUGGUCACCUCUGGGAGUGAAAGGGUCAAUUCAUCCAGUUACAUGUGCCAGUUAGUGAGUUAAGUUUUGGACCACAUCACUUGAAUAACAUAAUUCCCUUGUGUCUAUUGACACCUCUGCCUGUCAUGAACUCUUUUUGUUUUAACAUUACUGUAUUUCUGUUUGCUCAGGGGAGUUGUGAUAAUUGUAAAAAGUCAGGAUCCGAUUUGUGGGUCUGCUUGCAGGUUUGUUAAUAAUCUUUCAAACAAUAUUAUUUAUACAUUUUAUUAGGGUCUCAGUUGUACUGGCCCUUUUUAUAAAUUAUUUCACUAAGAAGACUGAUUAACAUCAAGAGACUAGGUAGUGUUUGUAGAAGUUCUGGUAAUUAUAAUUUUAGGAACAAGGGCUUUCAAAGUUUGAAUUAAUGAGAAGAACUGGAGCGCUAAAAAUUUGUUAUUUCUCCAUCUAUGUAUUUAGCAUCACAAUAUGUGUACCUAGUUAUUUAUUAACUAGUGUCAUACUAUUCUUUCCUUUCAGAAGUGUUGUUCAUUUGUAGGGUGUGGGCAAUUUGGUAACAAUCACAUUGAGCUUCACAAUCAGGUAGAGUGAGCUUUGAAAGUUCCUAGCUUAAAAAAUAAGAGAAAUACUUCACAUCUUUUGUAUUCUGGAUGGAGGUUGUUUAUCAUACUUUUGACAUGAAAGUCUUUUCCUUAUUGGCUAUGUAAAUGCUUUAACAACCUAACCUCCCAUGGGCAUUUUACUUCCUGUUAUGGAUCAAAUAUGGCUGUGGGUUGUGCUGCAUUUUGGUGAAAUAGUUCACUGAAAUGUGUGACUUCAGUGAAUACUCAUUUUGAUCACUUUAGGAUCGUGGUCUUUAUGAUCCAUCAAAUAUUUGUGAUCCCCGAUUUUCAAACCUUACAUCUGCUAUAAGUCUCAUUCAAAAUUUUAUUAAAAAAGAGAGAACAUUUCAUGGUUGUUACAGAAGAAGCAAGAAAACAUCUCACAAAGCAAACAGUGAGCGCUUUGUAAACAUUUUCAAAUGUGUGUUGCAAAAUAUUUGAAGGAUAAUAAACACAAUAGCCUCUAUUUUGUGGGAAAUCCUUGAAGCUCACAGUUUGCAUCUUUGAACAGAUAAUGUAUGCGGACAAAGUUUGUCCACAAAAAUAUGCACAGAUAUUUAAUAUCUGUGCAUAUUUUUGUGCCAAAUAGAGGCUUUUGUUGAUAUAUGAAUGACUGAGAGCAGCAAGGCUACAGCCUCCCACAAUGCCUUACGGUGUUGCAGAUUUCACAUAACUACCUAGGACCUACCUUUAACAUGAAUAUCCUCAUCACUAACAACUACAACAGCAAGAAUUUGCUCAAGAUCAACACAAAUUCUCUUUAGUGACCAGUUCCUUGAACCUCUAGGUAUUUGUCUGAUAAUUUGCUGACACAGGAGGGAGAAAUUAAGCAUUGGUCACUCUAGGGGCUUAAAAGGUGAAACCAACUUUUAGAUUCUCUGAUGGAUUCCAACACAAGAUCACCAGCAGCCUAUCACAUGCCCCAAAGCCACACUUUUCAUUUCCAGGAUACUACUAAAUAUUUAAUGACAGUCUUUUGCGGUCUACAGGAAACCAAUCACCACUUGUGUUUACAACUUCAAGAUUUUAAAAUGUGGUGUUUUAGCUGCCAGGCUGAAGUGCAGCCAUCUGAUAGCUCUGCAGGUAGUACUGAUGGAACUAGUCCUUCAAGACCAAAGGUAUUGUAAAUAUGAAUAAAGGGGCAAUAGCCUUGCUGGUGUUGCAUUGGUGGGAGAGUAUAACAGGGUAAUUUGUCAUUAUUAACUGAGUUGAUAACAUAAAUUGGCUAUGGUAAAGAGUUAAAAAGCUGGUGUUUCGAGCAUUAGCCCUUUGUCAAUCUCUCUGAUGAGGGGCUAAGGCCCUAACUCUUGAAACUGCAGGUUGGUUUUUUGUUUUUAUCAUAUAGUACACUUUUUGAUUGACUGUCAAAUCAAAUCAAAGUUGUCACUGACAAUGACCAUGUAGUAGAGAGAAAUUUAUUGCGGUGAACAUUCAAAGUAAAACUGAAAAAAUUGGCCAAGUGGGGGAAUAAAGGAUUGAUCAAGUCAUGAUUACUAGAUAAGGGCAGCAGUUUACUCUUUAAAAACAUAUUCCAUUUGUUAUGGAUUCCGAAAUGCUUUUUUCUUUGAUUUGCCUUAGACUCAUGAGGUUUUGGAUAUGGAAGAUGCUCUAGAAUUGGAGAAAGGUUUAAAGCCAAGAGGUGAGAAGACUAUUAAUAUUUUAUUUGAGUGCAAAUCAAAAAACACCUGUCUAAAGACACUGACUCAUUUGAGUCAUUAACAGCUUGUACUAAAAGUUGUUACAGUAUCCUUUUGUAAAAAAAAGUAUAUGAGCUUUUAACAGUGAAGUUACAUUCAACUUAAUUCAUUCAAACUAGUUUUAUUGUGAAUAAGCCAGGGGAAAGAAAUAAACUAUUCUUUUGGAAUUUUUUUGUCACAGUUAUAGCUGUAGGAUAAAAUAAAUAACACAUCUUCAUGUACAGUGAAUGUGAUGUUCUGGUAUAAUGUCAGAGGAGAUUGAAAAAUUGGCCUAGAAAAUGUUUUCCUUCAAUUUCUUAUGGAGGAUGUUACUCUGCUACCUGUUGAUUUAAAGAAACAUGUGCACCUUUGUCUGCAUAGGCUAUGUACAUUCGUACUUAUGCCUUAGAUAAAUUCUUUGAUUAAACAAAUUGUUAAUUAUUCUGCUUUAUCAGGGUUAUGUGGCUUGUCAAACCUUGGAAACACUUGUUACAUGAAUGCGGCUCUUCAAGCUCUAUCAAACUGGUAUGGUUGUGCUCCUGUGAAGUUGUGUAUGAUGCAGUUUAAUUAACCCUUUACACCCUAACAUCAGUAUCCAGAUUCUCCAUACUCUUCUCCAUGCAUUUCUUUUGCCAUUGACAAGGAGAAUUCAUUUGAAAAUCAAAGCUGCUUGAGUUGGCGAUCAUUUUUUCUUUUCCUAUGAUCUUAAUGAAUGGUUUAGCAGUAUUACCGUAUGGAGAAAUUAGAUGCUGGUCACUCUUAGGGUUUAAAGGGUUAAGUUUUAUUUGUUUUCAUCAGGAUAAUUUUUAUAAUUUAGGGCCUCUUUGCUGAUGAUUAGACACAAUCAUGAAUGAGAAUUUUAUGCGAAACUUGAUUUUCUAUUAUAACUUAACUCACACAAUCUUUCAAAAUGAGAUAUCAAACAAUUUGGGUCAAUUUGACCUCAAAGGAGGCUUUUCCUUACACUUUUUAUCAAAGACUCUCUCUUACGGACUUCAAAUUGUUCCUGAGGUUGUGUGCUCUUAAGAGGUGUGACUUUGUUGUUUUAUUUGUGGAAAAAAUAUUUAAAAACAUGCUCUCCAUUCUGUUAUGAAGGCUUAAUAAUUGUUUAGAGGCUUCUCCCUUAGGAAUGUGUUCUCAUGUAUACUAGGUUCUGGUCACAUUUAUUAAAACUAAUGCACCUUUUUUUCAUUUUGUAUUUACUAUUUGAAGACGUGGAUUUUCUUUUUUUUUUUUGCAGUCCACCCCUAACUCAAUACUUCUUGGAAUGUGGGAGCUUUGCGAAAGAAACAAAGAACUCUUCUGUCUGCAAACAUUAUUCACUUCUAGUUGAUGAAUUAUGGUCUAGGAAAAGGUAUUAUUAUUUAGUUCAUAUAAAUUCAGAAUAUUUUAGGAAGUGAAAUGCUGAUAUUUUGUUUAAUUUUUAGCUCACUCAUCAAGUAGAUGAAGUUGGUGAUAAUUGCUGAAAUUGAAGAUUAAUGUAUAGGUCUUUGUGUUUGUUUUAUGACUGCUCUCUGCAACAAACAUUUUACUCUAUUUAGACCAAGAUAUGUUGUGCCAUCCCAGCUGCUUCGUAGUGUUCGGCAAAUCAACUCACAGUUCAGAGGUUAUGGGCAACAGGUGAGAUCUGUCUUUUUAAAAAAUUAAUUACUUUUAAAGUUCCUUUUAUGUACAGCCUUGAAAAUUCUCCAACAAAUCUGUAAUGUUCAAACUGUCUCAGUUUUGAUCCUCAAAAUUUUGAGGAUCAAAGACAGCCUUGAACUUUUUUCUAUAACUGGAACCAUAGUUGUAUCAACCACAAGUACCCAGAGUUGUUGAAUUUUUUUUAUGGGUGAGACCAAGAUCUUUUGUUUGUUGCAUUGUUUAUCUAAGGAUGCUCAGGAAUUCCUACGCUGCAUCAUGGAUCAGUUACAUGAGGAGAUGAGGCAGCCUUUGCUGUCACUGACAACUGACCCAGAUUCCUCAGAAAGUGAUGAUGAAGAACCAAACCAUCAGAACAAAAGAUUGCUAGGGGGAACAAGCCUGUCUCACACUGAAAACCUGCAAGAUGGUACAUGAUGCUUAACCUGUUACACAUAACAUCAGUAUGCUCAUUCUAUUAACUGUUCACUAUACAUUUCCUGAGGUGCUAACCAAAGAGACUUUGUAUAACAAUCAAGAGCUUCUUUGGUUGGUGAUGAUUUCCAUUUUUCUUGUGACCUUAAUGUGUGAGGUAGGGGUGAUAUUUUAAGGAGGAUUAGAUGCUAGUCAGUCACUGCAAUCAAAGGGUCAUGUUCAUUUGUGGAAGAGAUUUGUAAAUAUGACUGUACAGUAUCUGUCUGUGGAGACAGAAAAACAAAAAAUGAUAGACUGAGAGAGUUUAAGAGUGUUAUAAAAGAUAAAAAUAGACUGUAAGCAACAAACACAGAAAAUUUGGACAAAUAUUUAAUUACAACAAACUUGUAUAAUCUCUUAAUCUGUCUUCAUUGGCAGCACUAUCUUCUCUUAAUCAUUUAACUCCCUUUAGUGACCCAGACAGAAUUUCUCCUAACAAUAUCAAUAAAAAGUCAACAGACACUUAUUGAGGAUUUAGGAAAAAAUCAAUUAGGGAAUUAUUGGUUGAUCCAAUACCAAAUUCUCAGAACUAACAUGAUGAGAAUUGUAUGGAAGAUAUUAAGGAGAAUUGCUAAUGAGAAUUUGGGGGUGGAAGUAUUAAUUUUCUUUUCUGAGCUCAAACUAAGGGGAUAGUGUUAUUUCUUAUAGAUGAUGGUGAUGUAGACAUGUAUUCAGACAGUGGUGAUGAUGUCACGAAUGACAAACCACUUCAUGUUGACACAGCAGAAGAGCAGGCUGACCAGGAUAUGGAGUCUAAUGGGGCCUCCAAAUCCAAGUGCAGGAAGACUAACACAGAUCCUGUGGAUGAUAAUGAUGUGACUGUGUCUGUCGAGGGUGAGACAAUGAGUAAUGGUGAAACAGAGCAUCCUGAUCAACUUGAUGAAAACAUGGACAGUGAGGAUGUUGCAUUAAUCAAAGAAGAAAAGCCUGUAGAUUCAGGCACAAAGGAGCAUAUGAAGCAGCCAUCUCAUCAGGAAAGAGCCAAAAGGGAGCAAAUAGCUGAAAGAAGUAAGAUAUUCAAUUGUGCAGUGUACCCUUGGUCUGGUCUGGUCAGGUCUGGUUUGGCAAGUUCAUAGCAUAUGUGUUCAUUAAAUGUAAUACAGCUCACAAUAAUGAGAUGUUUGCUCCUGUACUUGGAGUGACUUUGCACUGUGUAAUUACCCACCCCUAGAAAUGGCUUUUUAUUCCACUUUUGUGGAGGUUUAAUGUAAGUGUGAGUUUCUAAAGCUUAAGAUACUCUCUACAGUAGCCAAUUUUUAUAAUCAACUCAGUUGAUAAAAGCAAACUAUCUUGUCACCCACUGAUGCAGCAUCUCAGUUUCUGAGAAACGUACCCCUUCUAUGCUUAGAGGAAUAGUUCUAUAAGAUGCAUUGUUAAUCUGUUAAGGCUUGAGAUAUGUCUUCUUUUAAUUUUUAAAUCUUGGUACUAAUGGAAUGUUUGAAGUAAAAUUCUAUAGACUUAUCAAACUCUUUUUUUUUAUCAUAGGGAAGAAAAAGAAGAAAGUACCUUUGAACUACAGCAGUAUAGUGACUGACUUAUUUGAUGGCACAAUACAGAGUUCAGUGCAGUGCCUUACCUGUCACAGGGUACUAAAGUGCAGUUCUGUAAUAUUUUACAGUAAUUUACUGUGAUUAAAAAUGUGUAUUGAUAUUAGAACAUUACUGGUAUUAUGAUGUCCAUGUUUUAUCGAGGAGCAUACUUUUUUAUGUGUUGUACAAAUUCUGUGUUUAUGUCUAUAUUGCUGCAAAAUGUUUUUAUUAGACAAGGUUGGGAAUCAUUUUUUUGAUCACUUAGGAAGGCAACUUGCCAUUUUCUAUUCUGUAAGUUUGCAUGGGCAGAACUUCACUGGGCAAGGAGGAGGGGGGAGGUCUUGCAGUGGCUUUUUGGCAGAUGAGAAGGAGGAGAAAUGAUUGAGACAAAGCUCACUGAGUAAUCUUAUAUUUAUAGGUUUCAUCAAGGGCAGAAACAUUUCAAGAUGUUUCACUACCAAUUCCAGGUAACAAAACAUUUUCCCCAUCAUAUCCACAAGAAGAAAUAUUUUAAGUUCCCUUCUUUUUGUUUUUAAAUCACACAACAAUUAAUUAAUAAGUAUUCAUGUUGUAACAUGCUGAUGUACAUGUACAAGGUUGUUCUAAGUCUUAGAAACAAUUAUUUUUUCACAGGCAAAGAUGAGCUGACAGUUCUUCAUGCUUCACAAUGCACACCUUUAGCAUCAUGCUCAUCUGUUAUAGACAGAGAUCAGGAUAAAAGCUGGAUGUCAACUUUACUUGAAUGGCUGAGAAGGUGCAGUAGAGAGAAUUGUAGAAUUGGCCAUCACCUCCUAAUUGUAUGCUACACCAUGUAUCAAGGAUUGUCUGACAAAUAAAUUGUCUGACUGGCUGACUGACUGACUGACUGACUGAUGUACUGACAGCCAAUUUCCCUAAAUAUUUCCCCAGUAGAUUAAUAGCCAUUUUUCUUUGUCAUGUAACCCUGAUGUUUAAUUACCAGGACCAAGGAACAUUGAAAAUUCAAAGUUUACUGGGUUAUAAAUUUUUUCGCCUCUGUUAAAUGUUUACUACUAACUGUGCCAGUAGCGACUCACUCCUAGUAAGUUAUUAUCUGACAAAUUUGUGCUGUUUGUUAUCUGUAGCUGGUUUUUAGGUCCACAAGUCACACUUUCAGACUGCUUGUCAGCAUUUUUUUCAGCAGACGAAUUAAAAGGUUUGUCUACACAUGGACACAUGCCUCAUAUUCUCAUUAAUUGCUAGAUAAUUAAUUAUGGUUACAUUUAGUGUGCAUUGUAUGCUGGUGAUUUGGACCCAAUAAUAAAGUUCUCAUCUUUAUUAUGUCAGUUUGUUGUCAGUUUUGUUCACAAAUUUCCAAAAUCUUACUGCAUCCUAUCUCAGUUAUUAACCAGAUGUGUUUGAUGUACAAGAGGGUUUUCAUAGUAGCAUAUAUAAUAACAUCUUCUGCAUUGAUUUGAAAUUCUUCACAGUAGCUCUAGGUAGCACCAUUGCAAACUUGGUGUUCUGAAAUUUUGCUCAAAUGUCUUACUCAAAAUUUUGCAUUUCAAGAGUCUGCUUGGUCUUCUUUUUAAUGUAUUUUGUACCCUUACAAUAAAUAAUCUCCUUUUCCAAAGUUUAAGGGAGCUCCCUUUCAGAGAAAAAAUUCAGUUAAUAUGGUAAUUUAUCCCAUCUCAUUGCUCACCAUCGUUUUUUUUUUACAGGAGAUAACAUGUACAGCUGUGAAAAGUGCAAAAAGUAUGUUUGCUUCAAAGAAUGAUUUUCCUUAAUCUUAUUACAACUGUACAGUAUAAAACUCUUCCCGCAUAACAUUGUUUUGUUUAACAUGGCAUAAUUUUAGAAAGUUAACAUGUCAAUUCAUCCCUACAGUUUGCACAGCUUUAUGUAAAGUAGUAGCAAUAGAUUUAAGGUAAUCUGAUUGUCUGAGUGAGAGAAGUGUAGAAAGGACUUAUGUGGGUAACAAUGACUGGAGUUUUAACAGCCUAAGUAGAAGUCAUCAUCAGAGUCAAGUGACUCCAAUAGUGACUUUAGCUCCAAUGUUUGAAUGUCAGUCAUUACUUUUGCCAAGUAUCCUUAGGACUGCUCUCAUACAGACUAUUUAACUACCUGCCUGACAACUUUUACACCAAUGUUCAAAGCAAUCAUUAUUACUCAGUAUAUGUUCUGAAGCUAAUUAAUUUCUUUUAACUGGUUUAUAAACUGGAAUCUUUCAUAAGAAAUGAAAAUAAGUAAUGUUCAUGGUCAGAAAAAUCUGUCUGUAGUUAUCAAUAAGUGUAAAUUUGGUUGCUCCAAACCUCAAACUUCAGUCUCUCACUGCUAAUUUUACAUUUCAGGCUGAGAAAUGGUGUCAAACUUUGUAAAGUAAUGCGCCUUCCUGAAGUAAGUCUAGCAUUUCUUAUUAAUGCCAAAGAAUAACAUAAUUUUGAAUUGUAUCAAAUGAUUUACUAUACUGUAGAUGUUUUGAAUUAAUUUGCUCACUGCUUUGUUUUAUCUUCUUAAAUUUGUAGAUUUUGUGCAUUCAUCUGAAGCGUUUUAAACAUGAAAUGUACUUCUCUUCAAAAAUAAAUCACUUUAUUUCAUUCCCGUUGACUGGAUUGGACAUGAAACCAUUUUUGGUUAAAGGUACAGAAUAUGAUGUCAACUUAUGUGAAGUCUUGACUUAAGUUUCAUGUGUUUUAGUGGAAUCUUCAAUGUUUUUAAUUUGCAGAAACAUCAGCAGACACUAAGACACACAUCCAUGAUUUAGUUAGAACAGAAUGAUUGUUAAAAACCUCAUGAAGAAGCUGUAGUUGAAUAGCAGUUGUGAUAGACAUUUUCCAGUUCAUACAAAGUUCUUAUCAAAUCACAAAGCAAAAACUUUUUUCCCCUUUCAGAUUUUCAUAAACAGGAUCCAAACCAGAGAUGUACCACUUAUGAUCUUGUUGCCAUUAUCACACAUCAUGGCAAUGUUGGAGGUAAACUGAUGUUAUGAAAUUUACUUUAAUUGCCACAUUUGUGAGUCAUUUUUGCAUCCUAAGGUAGUAGGUAGGAGGCAGUAGGUGAGGUUAGGGGCUUAACCCUUUAACUCCCAUGAGUGACCAAGACAGAAUUUCUCCUUAAAAUAUAAAUACAAUAUCAUGCAGACAAGUCAUCAGAAUAAAGAAAAAUAUCAAUUAGGGGAUUAUUAGUUGAUCAAAUACCAAAUUCUCCAAACUAACAUCACAAGAACUGUAUGGCAGACAGUAAUGAGAAUUACCAAUGAGAUUUUGGGAGUUAAAGGGCUAAGUAUAGUGAGGAAACUAAAUUUACUUUAAGUACAUGUAAGUCUGGCCUUACUUAAAUUUUCACUUUCCUCCUGUUAGAUUGAUUGUAUGUACAGUUAUUUUUUUUAACAAGGAUGAUGUUUCUUCAUCUUCUAGCUGGACAUUAUGUUACCUUUGCCAAAAACUAUAUCAAUGGUAAAUGGUAUGAGUUCAAUGACUCCUGGGUCAGUGAAGGUAUGUGUCAGUCAUGCAUUAGAGAAAUAAACUUUGUUAUACAGUAUGAUCUAAUGAUUCAAACCACAUGUUUAAUGAUUCUGAGUUGGUGAAAGUAAAUCCCACCAGCAUUGUAUUUGAUAAUAUAAACAGAAUGCUGUAUAAAUUUGCUGUUAGCUUUGUGUCUUGUUGAAAUACAGAGUUGAAUACAGUACACUUCUUUACUUUUUCAUUUCAGUUUCUGAUUCAUAUGUUGCUGAUGUGGAAGCCUAUGUGCUGUUUUACAGGUUAGUUGAGGGUAGAGAAGGGUGUUGGCCCCUCAGGAAUAAAGUUUACUUCUGAUUUGCCUCACUCUUAACUAACUCCUGCAUAUCCCCUUUUCACAAUGAUUGCAAUUAUUUGGAAACUCAUGAUUACGUGUCUGGUUUCUUAAAAUGUAGUCACCCUUGGUGUGGAACACAACUUGUGAAAGUAGAAAUUUAUAUGUCGGUUUGAUUUUAAAUUUUGUUAACAGGAAAUCAAGUGACGAAGCCACCAGAGAACGACAGACUUUCUUCAAUUUACUGAAAGAUGCUCAGGUAUUGCAGCUGCACACUUACUCAUAAGCAUUAUUUCUGUUUUGCUAAUCCAAAUAUUUUUCUGAUCUUUGGUGAAGGAACAUGCUCUUUUUUCUUUUGAUUGUGUCAAGAAGACAUAAUUUAUUACAUGAUACAUGUAUUCUUUUUAAGAAAUGAUUUUUAUUCCCUGACACUAAGCCACCCAGUCUGUCAGGGCUGUGGACCUUAUAGCCAUCCUUUCUUCUUUUUAAUCACCAUUCCUUUUUUUUUACAUAGCCAAUCUUUUGCAACAAGGAGAUAACUAAGUGAAAUGUUUGGAAGCUUUUACUAAAGAGUAGCUUUUCAUUUGUCAUAUUUUUUUAUUAUUAUUAUUUUAUUUACUCCGUAGACCCAUGAAUCCAGGUAUUUUGUUUCAAAGAAAUGGUUGACAAAGUUUCAGUCUUGUAUGGAGCCAGGUAAUUGAGCAUGAGAUCAUUGAUACAUGUAUGUCAAAUGUGAAAAUUGUUUCUGACCCUGUACUUACUAAAACUGCACUUUAUUCUUUGUAUGAAGAUUACCCUUUACACACACGAGCCCUCUUAACCUAACAGAAUUGACAGAUAAUCAGAUGAAACUUCUUCAGUGAACAGGCAUUGCUUGAAAGGAAAUUUUAACUGGUUUUUUUAAUUGUCAAAGAUACUUUUAGGGCUGUCUUUAAGGACAAACUUCAUCACCUUACAAUGUUCUAACUGUACAUGUAUAUACAAAUUUUUAUGGACCCUACUUUUGCAGGUCCAAUCACAAACUCUGAUUAUUUGUGUCGCCAUGGAGGUAAGAAUUGCUUCACACAAAGUCAGGUUUACCAUAUUAACCCUUUAACUCCCUGAUCAAAUUUGUAAUUCUCCUUACUGUCAAGCAUACAAUUCUUAUAAUGUUAGCUCAGAGAAUUUAGUAUUGGAUCAACUAAUUAUACCCUAAUUUAUAUUUUUUCCUUUAUUCUCGUUACUUAUCUGGGUGACAUUGUAAUGAGAAAUUCUGUCUUGGUCACUCAUGGUAGUUAAAAAGUCAAUGGCAAAGUGUAGAAGUAAGGAUAGUCUUGUAGAGCAUGGUAGCCUAGUGCUAUGCACACCGGAGUCAAGAAGUCAGGGUUCAGUCCUGUCCUGGAUCAUAAUGUUGUGUUCUUGGGCAGUCCAUUCCAUUGUCACAGUGCCUCUUUUCACCCAGGAGUAUGAAUGAGUACCAACACACUGUCUUGGAAGUGUACCAAAUUGUUGUAACAUGGACAGAAAUCCAGUCAAGGGGGGAGUAGCAAAGUUCUCUUUGUCCAUAUCCAGGAUAAGAUGUGGUUAGUAUAGUACUUGGCCAUGUGGGUUGAAAGUGUUCCUCUCCAUACAUUGUGUGUGGUUCUUGUCAACCAUAUUUUCUGUUUUUCCUAGCUGUUCAUCCACUGAACUUUGAGAAAAUUCAUGACAUUACAGUUCCACUUCCAGAAUCUGUGUGGAAGCAUCUUGUUAACCGGUGAGGUUACUAACUAAAGAAACAUUUUUGUACCAAAUAGUUCACUAAAACACUUUCAUGGUAGUCUCCUUUUAAUUGGGAAUUUUCUUUGCCUCGGUGUAGGUUUGGUGGAGGUCCCCCAGCUACAAAGCUAAACAUCUGCAGACACUGCAAGGUACAGUUUGUAAGCUUAGGAUGGUACAGAGAGUUGAUAUCUUGAGACCUGGUUUACUCAAUGUAAAAUGUUUAAGCAAGACAUUUACUUUAAAAUCAACACAAAAAAUUUUAACUCUUAUGUUGCUUUAUAAAAGGUUAUGUACUGAAAUAUAACUAACCCUUUUCAUGUUAUUUUGCCAGAAAGCCUUAGAUGACCUUGAAAGAAGAAGACAAAGAGAAAUGGAAAUGUUCAAGAGGGUUUGUUAGAUAUUUCUUUUAUCUCAACCCUGCGUCAAUAACGUCUUUGUAUUGAGAUUCUAGGAUGCACAUUUGUAUUUUCUUUUAUAAUUAUACUGAUUGUCAAUCAGUAAAACAUUAUAACAAGAAGAAUAACAGUAACCAUUCCACAAGUAGAACAUUUCCUUGGAAGCUAUAGCACAAGGAGAAGGAUGGCCAAUGAAGGAGUAGAUUGAAGUGGAUAGUAAAAAAUAGACUUAGUCUAGUGAAAUGUAGUUGUGGCCCUUUUACUUCCAAGAUAUGAACUAAUCAGUAACCUCUUUGCAUUUUCUGCUACACUCUUUUCUUAAUUUUUGCAUUCAGUGAAUCAUUAAUCCCCAGUUAAUGCUUAUGUGCUUCUAUUUACCUUUCUGAUUGAUACUGUAAUGGGAAAUUCCUCUUUGGUCUGUUCUGGUAGUGAAAAGGUUCAUUUUUGAAGAUGCAUUAAUGGUGAUAUGCCUCUCUUUUAUAGUUACAUAGUUUAUUACUAAUAACUUCUUCUAAAAAGUUUUUUUCCCCCUCAGUUGAAUCAUGAGUAUCCAGCCAAUGAAAAUGUGGAUGUGUAUUUCAUCAGUAUGCGUUGGUUCAAACUAUGGGAAAUGUUUGUAAAAGGACAGGAAGAUGGUACAUGUGACUUAUUUAACAUUGUCACCCUCAUCACCUCAUAACUCAAUCUUUGUCAAAUACAGUUUCUUUUCAGGGUGUUCAAGAGGUUAUAGAUUUUGUUAUCCUUAGUUGACUGUUUGUCAGGCGUCAAAUUGGCACCAAGUCUCAACAUCAGACACUUAUGAUAAAGGUGUGAUGAGGGUGGUCACACCAGCUAGGUUCAAAGAUUGCCAUAGUGCACCCGUUUUAAUAACUAGCAUGAGGAGACUAAAAGUAUUGCUACUAUAAGAUAGCUAGUACUAAUGAUUUUUCUUGUCUCAGAUCCUCCAGGCCCUAUAGACAACAGCAAUAUAUUUGUUUUAAAGGGAAACACAAAAGUACUCAAACCAAGUAAGUUCUUGCAGGAUUUGUAUCAACAAGGUACUAUCAUGCUUAAAAAAAUUUUUCUUUGAUAAAGAAGUAUUUUGAACCCUUUUUUUGCAAGGUUGGAAAAUAUAUUCUAGUCAUGGGUGCAGAUUCAAACCUCAGACAUUUUGAUUUCUUGGUUGGGUGCCCCACAGAUUUGCAAGCUAAACCUGUGCAUGAACUUGGUUCAUACUUUUAGUAUUUAAGAAAAGAACAUUCUCAUUGCAUCCUCAAAAUGUUUCUUUGUAGACUCUGAAAAUGGGCAGCUGUCACAAGAGACAUGGACAUUUUUGCAUGAUAUUUAUGAAGGAGGUCCUGUGUUAUUUUAUGAGGGAGAAAAGGACAAUGAAGAAGAAAAAAAAGACCUCCAGGAUGAGGAGGAAGACAUUCAACAGGAGUGAAACAGUUGAUAGGUAAUUUUAAAAACAUUUCUUGAGCACAAAAUUAAGUAAAGCUAGCUUGGUUUUAGGCAACCAUUUUAUUUACCACCAAAGCUAAGUUCUUCCUCCGUUGGACUCAGGUUUCUUUUUCAUUAACUCUUGGUGCUUCAAGUGGUAAUUUUCUGUUAAGAUUAUUCAUAGGUAAGUGAUAUUCAGCAUUCGUGUUUUCUGGGUUUCAUAAUUUAUUCCAGGUCCUGUAUGCAUUGACUGCCAGACACUGAACACCUCUGGACUGCCAAACCCUUUGAUGAUAGUUUUAUUCUCUGCAAGCCUUUAACAACUAUAUCCUGUAUUUAAAAUUAGUGUACUUAGCCUUUUAUUUUGUCUCUAUGGUUCGCCAGAAUAUUGAGUUCAACUAAAGAAACUUGUUUCUGCCAGUAAAAAAAUUCAUCCCAUAGAAUUAAAAAAUAUCCUUAUCUGAAAAAAUUAAUCUAAGACAUCCUUGAAUGGAAUGUAAUCCAACUGAGUUCAUCAGAGAAAAAAAAUACAUUUACAAUACAAAAGAGAAUUCAGUAACCACACAGUAAACAUUUGAUUUAUCUUAAGCUGGUAAAGAACAAUCUGAACUACUUACUUUCAGUGUUAGUAAUUUUCUGACGAAAAGGGGUGAUUGUAAGCAUAUAUUGUCUAAAAAUAGAUAUGAUGUGGCAGAUUCAAAAACUGAACAAGUUUUUAACAUGUGAAGAAAAAUUUGAAAAAUGUUAUUCAAAUACGAAAUACAUGUAUUUAAACUCAUUCUUAAUUAUAUUAUCAUCUGUAGUUUCACGCCACCUUUAAGACUCCCUUUCACAUUUUUCACAAAUUUUGUGAAUGUCCAGAUCAAAGAAUUUGUCUUUAAAUAAGUGCUGAUUAAGAUCUUUUACUGAUAUGAAGAUGUUUCCUUCAUGUUCAUUGAAGCACCUUCUGGAAAAUAUUGAGCAAUUGGAAAAAGUGGUUUAAAAGGCUUUUUUUCUGUUUUCGUUUGCCAGCAUGUUUUAUGGAAAAUUAGAUUAAGGGAUGUUGAAUUAGGUUCUGUUUCUUAGCCAUCAACCCAAAGUCAGAAAUAAAUUGGUAUACAGUACUAUGCACUCACUACUUAGGCUCUCAAUAGGUAGUCCCUUCCAAAAAAAUAUUCUCAAAUAAAGCUUCCUAAGUUGAAACAUUUUAAGCAGGGUUAGCUGACAAAUUUGGUACCAAACUUAAUUUUCCCCUUCCCUCUCCUCCCUUGCGAAAUAAAAUCAGAUAAUGGUUAUUUUGUAAAUAAUCUAGAUUGAAGUAUUAUCUGAGGUGACAUAAAGGAACUUGAACACCUUUUUGAUAACCCAAAAUUAGAAUAAACUUUCUCUCCAAGGUGUUAAGUAAAGUAUCUUAUACAUGCAUGAGGUAUUCACUAGGAAACAAGUCCUUCUGUCACCAUGUCGAUAUAAAAAUGAC